GCGGCGCGAGGGGCGGGCUCUCAGGCUCCCGGCGGCUGCUUGCGCCCCAGCGCGCGCCCAGGCGCCUUGGAAUCCCCUUCCUUGGGCCCCCGCAAGGUCCCCUGCCGUGCGCGAGGCAGCAUGAUGAGGCGCACCCUGGAAAACCGGUAACAGCCCGAGCCCAGCUGCCCAGGGCCGCCCACACUGGAGGACUGGGGUGAGGGAAGUGGAGCCUCUGUCCGUGGGGCCUCUGCGCCGAAUUCCGACCCUGGGCGGGAGGCUGCACGGUCCCCGCUGUGGCCUGGGGCCUAAUUCCCUGGGCUACAGCGACCGCCGGCGGCGAAGGGGAGCCUAGGGCCCGGCCGGCUGCCACCCACCCACGCCUCCGGGUCUCAGGUCCCCACAGUGCCGGAAGGCUAGGAGGCAGCCGGGCGCCCAGGCCGCGCUGCGCGGAGCAGCCGGAGCAGCCACAGCAGCCACCUCCCCAGUUAAGGCCAGGCCCACCCGGCCUGGGCCUUUUCCUGUGCCUACACUGUCCGGAUAGUGAGGUCAGGACCCCAUGGAGAGCACUCCGCGCCGGGAGACGCUGGAUCGUCGGAACGCUCAAACGAAACAACUGCAAACAGCUGUCUCAAAUGUGGAGAAGCAUUUUGGAGAACUGUGCCAAAUCUUCGCUGCCUAUGUGAGGAAAACUGCCAGGCUGAGAGACAAAGCAGACCUCCUGGUUAAUGAAAUCAACGAGUAUGCUGCUACAGAGACCCCGCAUUUAAAGCUGGGCCUGAUGAACUUUGCAGAUGAGUUUGCCAAACUUCAGGAUUAUCGACAAGCAGAGGUUGAAAGACUUGAAGCCAAAGUAGUUGAACCCUUGAAAGCUUAUGGGACCAUUGUGAAAAUGAAACGGGAUGACCUCAAGGCAACAUUCACAGCAAGGAAUCGAGAAGCUAAGCAAUUAACUCAGUUAGAAAGAACACGUCAGCGAAACCCAUCUGAUCGACAUGUUAUUUCACAGGCAGAAACGGAAUUGCAGAGAGCUGCAAUGGAUGCUAGCCGAACAAGUCGUCAUCUGGAGGAAACUAUUAACAACUUUGAAAGGCAGAAAAUGAAGGAUAUAAAGACUAUAUUUUCUGAAUUUAUCACAAUCGAAAUGUUAUUUCACGGCAAAGCUUUAGAGGUCUACACUGCUGCCUACCAGAAUAUACAAAACAUUGAUGAAGAUGAAGAUUUAGAGGUUUUCCGAAAUUCUCUGUAUGCACCAGAUUAUUCAUCUCGUUUAGAUAUUGUAAGAGCAAAUUCAAAGUCACCUCUUCAGAGAUCACUGUCAGCUAAGUGUGUAUCUGGAACAGGACAGGUAUCCACUUGUCGACUAAGAAAGGAUCAACAAGCAGAAGAUGAUGAGGAUGAAGAGUUAGAUGUUACAGAAGAAGAAAAUUUUAAGUAAACUACACAUUCCCAUUUUCAUCAUAAACGACAUGAAAUCCACAAUGACUAAAUUGUAGAACUUUAUACUCACUUUGCUAUGUUAAGCCUCAAAGUGAAGUCCAACUGGAAACAGAAAAAUAAUUAAAGGAAACUUAUGCUGACCAAAAAUGAAGGCUUUAAAAAAUAUUGCAUACCAGUCAUUUCAACAUCCUACCUAGUGUUACAUGAUUUUUGUGUAAGUGCCUUUUUUUUUAAAGAUGGUGUAUUUCACAGUAUUUCAUAUUAAUGUACUAUAUCUACUUGAAGUUCCAAUAGUACAUUAUGACAGAAACCAAAAAAUCUAACAAUUCUGCUUAGCUUUUUGGUUAAGACUCCAUGCUUUCAUUACCAGAAAAGGGUCUUAUGUAGUCAUUCUGAUUACAUGUAAUUCUAUUCCAUGAAACCUUAAGAAAAAAUAUUUUUAACUUUCCCUAAAACUUUAUCAUUUGAUAAGUAAAUUUACUUUUCAAGAAGAGUAUAAUCAAAGAGUAAAGAUAAUGUGACACUAAGAUAUCAAUGUUUUAUGAAUACACAUAAGGCAUAAAUUUCAGCUGUGAAAAAGCCACAUUCAAUCUGACUCUGGUUUUCAAACAAAACUGCUGUCAUAAUUAUACAUGAUACUGCAACUUUUGGAAGGCUAAUUUGGUGGAAUGUUGCCUCAUCAUAGAACACCAUAGAUCAUUAAAAAUUCCAUCAAAAUUUUA